UUAAGUCACCUGACUUGGCUGCGGGCUGAGAGACACACAAGGGAAGCGAUCGUCGCGGGAGCCAGUUCGUCUGACCCGGGACCCCCGCGCGCCAUGCCGUCCGAGAAGACCUUCAAGCAGCGCCGGAGCUUUGAACAAAGAGUAGAAGAUGUCCGGCUCAUCCGGGAGCAGCACCCCACCAAGAUCCCGGUGAUUAUAGAGCGAUACAAGGGUGAGAAGCAGCUGCCCGUCCUGGACAAGACCAAGUUCCUUGUACCUGAUCACGUGAAUAUGAGCGAACUCAUCAAGAUAAUUAGAAGGCGCUUGCAGCUCAAUGCUAAUCAAGCCUUCUUCCUCCUGGUGAGCGGGCACAGCAUGGUGAGUGUGUCCACGCCCAUCUCUGAAGUGUACGAGAGCGAGCGAGACGAAGAUGGCUUCCUGUACAUGGUCUAUGCCUCCCAGGAGACAUUCGGGACAGCACUGGCUGUAUAAGGCUGCAACAAUGCCGAAAGGUUGUUAAGCCCUUACCAAGGCAAAAAGGGACGUUACCAGCGGACGCUGGUCAGCUCACCACCCACGGAUCAGAACGUAGGCACCCACACAGGGUAUUAGGAACUAUUGGUCAGCCAGACUGAGCUCCAUGCGAACGCACUCGGCUUGGAAACUCAUCUAAACUAGGCUAUCUUAUGUUCAAACUUUAGAAGUUUAAAAAUAAAAUACUUUGCAUCCUAAGUAUUGCCAAUAAAAAGACCAAGUUAUUUUGACAUUUUUCUCCUUAGUAGGGAUUUAGAAGAGCAGUGUCAGGGGCAGUCUUCCUGGGACCUGCUGCCUUCUCUAAAAGGGCUUCUGCUCAGGAGAGAAGUCCUGAGCAGUCCCUCAGCCCAGGUUGCCAAGCAGAGGUUCCCAGAGGGCUCUGGCUUUGCCCCAAACAGGUCAGGUGUGUAGGACAACUCUAAGCCGGGUCCCCAGGUCCUGGUCCUGACCCACCCCCACCCCCCAGCUACACCCUUUCACCCUUAGCAGUGCAGGAGCACUCACCCGCUGCUGCCUAGAUGUUACCACACGCACCCCUGCUCAGGCCAGUUCUAAACUUGUCCAGAAGUCGCUUGGUCCAGCUUAUUAAGAGACUGCAGAGCAAAGUGUUUCUCCUGGUGUGGGUUGUCUAGUCGGGGUGCCUGCUUCAGGGAGAGCAAGCAGGUGUGCAGUGCUGGCCUUAGGAUGCAGCUGUCAAGUGGUGGAUGCAAGUCCAAACACUGGCUCUGGACAUGCUCAACGGCUGUUUGUUAGCGUGUGACUGUCUUUGUAAGGGUGUUUUUGACAGCUGUUAGGAUUUCCCCAUUUCAUGUCUACAUACGUGUCAGCUGUGAAGACAACAGCCACAGGAGACAUGCUUUGGACAGACAUGGCCACUUCUAACUAAAGCAAGCUUCUGCUUCCCGCUACCUGCAUGUAGCUCUCUGACACUCAGACCAUCCCUGGUUACUCCUAGUCUGAGAAUCUCCGUGAGAGCUACCUGCUGUCAGGGUCGGAAACCCAUGUAGCCACCUCCCAGCCUAGCUCCCCACAGGCCCUCGCCCUUUUCCCUGCAUGCAGCCGCCCUUGCUAACCUCAAUGUUAUUUUACACUGUAAAUUCCCACUGCUCUGUCCUGUGUAGGUUGUGUGCGUGCAUCAUGUUCCUGGUUUUUAUAACUAUGGUGCGAUCAGUAAGGAUUCCUGUAAUACUGCUUUAAAAAUGCUGCUCACAGGGCAGUCUCCAUUAUAGGACACCUGUACACUCUGAUGCAAAAGUCAAUAAAGGCACAACUGAACCUG